AUGGAAAAUACAAAGUGGUUAGAACAAGCUAUAAAAGAAGGACAUAUAAAUUUUCACGCAUAUGAAAAAUUUUCGGACGUUGUAGUAAUUGGGAGAGGUGCAUUUGGAGAAGUAUAUAAAGCAGCAUGGGAUAAUCGUGGGAUGAUCGUUGCAUUAAAAAGUCUUUUAAGUGACUUAGAAGAGAAUGUUAAUCCACAACUAUUAAACGAAUUAAUCAAAGAGUUGAAAUUGCAUAGAAAAGUUGAUUAUCAUCCAAACAUAGUGCGAUUUUACGGAGUUAGUCAAAGUAUAACAGCACAUGGCAUAGCAUGUUUACACGAAGAGAACAUAAUUCAUCGAGACCUGCACUCUAGUAAUAUAUUGGUGAACAAGGGAGAAAUAAAAAUAAGUGAUUUUGGAUUAUCAAAGCACUUGGGUGAAAUGUCAAGUGCGAUAUCAGAUGUAAAAGGAGAUAUAGCAUAUAUUGAACCGCAAUGUUUAUCAAAUCCAGAACAUAAAAGAAAUGUUAAGUCAGAUAUAUAUAGUGUUGGAGUUUUAUUGUGGGAAAUAUCAAGUGGUAGAUCACCAUUUCGUUCAUUAACGCAAACACCGUUGGCUCAAUUAGAACUUGCUAAUAGAAUAUCAAAAGGAAAGAGAGAGAGUCCGGUUGCUGGAACUCCCAAAGCUUUUAUUAAAAUUUAUACUCAAUGUUGGGAUAAUGAUCCAAAUAAUCGACCAAAUAUUCAUAAAGUAUUAGAAGAUCUUAAUGACAUUCAUCUUGAUGGGUCUAAACCUAAAGUGAUUAGCAGUAACAAUACCAAGGGAACUGAGAAUAACAGUCGUUCAAAUAUUAGCAAGUCCAUCAAUCGAAGGAGUGUUUCAUCAUUUACGGAAAUUUCAUCGGAUUUAUCGAAUGCGAUUAAUGAUAUUGACGAGACUUAUCAUAAUGGUCAUUCAGAUGGUAUUACAGGAUCAUGUUCAGCGGAUACGGGCUUAUCAUCGGAAAUGAUGAAUGCAAUUAAUCAGAUAGAUAAAGUUUAUUAUAAUAAUCGUUCUGACAAUGCUUCGGAAGCACGUUCAAUCAAAUCACUUAAUAUUAACAGUUCUGCAUCAUCGAAUUCUCAAAACGUUAGUAGUUCUUUAAAAAGUCCGAGGUUACCCAAAUCACGUCGUAGUUCACUUAAUUCACCACCAUCAUCUCCCACAUCAUUAACGCACGGUAGAAUUCAAAAUACAGAUAAAACCUUCUUGGAAGAAUUGUUAAAAUUCUUUGAAGAAUUGUUAGAAUUAUCUCCGGACACAACUACAAUGAUCUCAAAGUUAAAAGGAUAUUUACAUAAUCGUAUGAGAGAACACAAAUCAACAUUUAAAUUAUUACUCAAAUAUCAUAAUGAUGUAAGGUUCGCUUGUUUAAUUGGAUAUUGCUUGGAAUGUGCUAUUGGCACCGCACAAGAUAAACACGAAGGUUUUAAAUAUUAUCAAAAAUCUGCUGAUUCAAAUAAUUCUAAUGGUCAAUAUUUUUUAGGUAGAUGUUAUUAUUUUGGUUAUGGUGUUAAACAAGACCGGACAAAGGCUUUUCAAUUACUUAAAACAAGUAGUGAUAAUGGUAAUAGUAGAGGUCAAUGGAUGUUAGGUUUUUGUUAUGAAAGGGGUUAUGGUACUGUUAAAGAUCCUACGCAAGCUUUCAAUCAAUAUUUAGCUAGUGCCGAAGCUGGUAAUGUUACUUCCCAAAUGGAAUUGGGUAGAUGUUAUGAAGAAGGUAUUGGUACAAAGAAAAAUAUUCAACUAGCUUCUGAAUGCUAUGAAAAGUCUUAUAAAGGUGGUUUCACUCUUGCUAAAAAGAGAUGGGAUCAUAUAUUAAAAAUACAACGUCGUCUUCAGCUAUCCAAAAAUUCACCAAAUAUCACACAGGCAUUGCGUCAUCGAGGUGAUUUAGAAAAGUCGCGUGCAAAUACUAUGGAACUUCCCGAUCGUGUUCCGAGUCAAUCAUUUUCGACCUUGCGUAUGUUUAAGGUUGCAUGUUUUAUGACUAUGACAAUACCACAAGUCGCGAUAAAUCCAAAUUCAUAA